AUGCGUAACAACGAGUGUAUGAAAUGCGAGCUUCACGCUAUCAUGCGUAACAUAGAGUGUAUGAAAUGCGAGCUUCAUACUAUCAUGCGUAGCAAUGAGUGUCCGAAAUGCGAGCUUCAUACUAUCAUGCGUAACUUCGAGUGUAUGAAAUGCGAGCUUCAUACUAUCAUGCGUAACAUCGAGUGUAUGAAAUGCGAGCUUCAUACUAUCAUGCGUAACAUCGAGUGUAUGAAAUGCGAGCUUCAUACUAUCAUGCGUAACAUCGAGUGUAUGAAAUGCGAGCUUCAUACUAUCAUGCAUAGCAACGAGUGUCCGAAAUGCGAGCUUCAUACUAUCAUGCGUAAUAUCGAGUGUAUGAAAUGCGAGCUUCAUACUAUCAUGCGUAACAUAGAGUGUAUGAAAUGCGAGCUUCAUACAAUCAUGCGUAACAACGAGUAUAUGAAAUGCGAGCUACAUACUAUCAUGCGUAACAUCGAGUGUAUGAAAUGCGAGCUUCAUACUAUCAUGCGUAACAACGAGUGUAUGAAAUGCGAGCUUCAUACAAUCAUGCGUAACAACGAGUGUAUGAAAAAAGAGCUACAUACUAUCAUGCGUAACAACGAGUGUAUGAAAUGCGAGCUUCAUACUAUCAUGCGUAGCAUCGAGUGUAUGAAAUGCGAGUUUCAUACUAUCAUGCGUAACAACGAGUGUAUGAAAUGCGAGCUUCAUACUAUCAUGCGUAACAACGAGUGUAUGAAAUGCGAGCUUCAUACUAUCAUGCGUAACAACGAGUGUAUGAAAUGCGAGCUUCAUACUAUCAUGCGUAACAUCGAGUGUAUAAAAUGCGAGCUUCAUAUUAUCAUGCGUAGCAACGAGUGUCCGAAAUGCGAGCUUCAUACUGUCAUGCGUAACAACGAGUGUCCGAAAUGCGAGCUUCAUGCCAUCAUGUGUAACAUCGAGUGUAUGAAAUGCGAGCUUCAUACUGUCAUGCGUAACAACGAGUGUCCGAAAUGCGAGCUUCAUGCCAUCAUGUGUAACAUCGAGUGUAUGAAAUGCGAGCUUCAUACUAUCAUGCGUAGCAACGAGUGUCCGAAAUGCGAGCUUCAUACUAUCAUGCAUAACAUCGAGUGUAUGAAAUGCGAGCUUCAUACUGUCAUGCGUAACAUCGAGUGUAUGAAAUGCGAGCUUCAUACUAUCAUGCGUAGCAACGAGUGUCCGAAAUGCGAGCUCCAUACUGGUAUGCGUUACAACGAGUGUCCGAAGUGCUAG